AUGCCCAAGGCCAUCGUCGCCCAUGCGGCUACAGUUUGCCGACAAGCCGAGUGUGCAGCUCGGAUUUCGAUGCAGGGGAGAAGCACGGUCGCACCGCGAGGGACGAUUGAUCUCGAUUUGCCGCGAGUGGUGUUGAGGUCAUUUGGCAUAACCGAGCAUACGAUAUGGAGAAGACCGACGGGCCGGGCAAAGCUAUCGAAGGAAACUUAA